CGUACAACCGCAGAGGAGGAGGAGGAGGAGGUGGAGGAGGAGGAUCGAAAAGGAGCUGCUGUCGCGUUUACAACACACUCACACACACACCCCCGUUGGGUGUGUAUACUGCAUGUAGGCACGAGAGAAAGCGCCGUGUUUUAGUUCACCGUCUUGUGUGUGUACGGGAGCUUUGUGGAAUCUGUGCUAGUGCUUCAUUAAGGCGGUGGAGCCUCUUCACCCGCAGCCUCACGCAGCACCGAGCAUUUGUGUCACCCAUCUGCAUCCUGACACAGGAAAACGGCGCCGUGGAUCUCGCACACGCUUCAUCUGCGUUUCACGGACAACUCGUCUGAUUUCUGGAACCAUGCUUGAGCAUGGCAUGUCUUGGGUUUAUAUGCAGUGAGUGAAAAUCGCCCGCCUCUCCGACGCGACCUGCACGACUGCAGAGGACGAGACAGGGAGGGAGCAAGUGGCCCUCAGCUCAAUCCUGCGUGCUCUGGACUCGUGGAUCCUUCAGUCCCAGCGCGCGCUCUGAGACUUCACUCUUCAGCAGGCAGACCCACUGAUGGCUGCGUGUUCAUGACCCAGUUGCAGCAGGGAGUGUGAGCAGCAUUUGCGGGGUUUUUUUUUGUUUGUGUGUUUGUUUGUUUCACGGUAACUGAGCUACAAUGUAAACGCGCGCGGUUUUAUUCCCGCUGCCUGUAUUGCUGUAUUGGUUAUCAGUCAGGAUCGACGCAGGGCUCUUCUACGUGCUACCUUCAUCAAAAUGCCGGCCGGAAUGAAGCCUCUAGAGAAGUUCCUUAAGAAGCAGACGAACGCGCUGACUCGGGCCGGUGGUUUCGGAGGAGAGAAGGCGGCGGCGGGCACGAGCGCGGCUCGGCGGCGCCCCAGCCUCUCGCGCGUCGUGCCCUUCUUCCGCGAGAGCUCGCCCGAGGGCGGCCCGGCGCGCGGCGACGUCUUCAGCCCCGAGACCGAGGAGGCUCCGUGCUGGCCGUCGGCCGCCGCUACUGACAUCCGGAGCCCGUCUCUGUCCAGCGACGAGCAGAGCUCCGAGGCGAGCCUGGACACGGGCUGGACCCCGCUUCCCGCCGACACACCGGAGAACCUGGCGCUCGCGCUGCUGGACAGCGUGGCGGGCAAGCGCUACGGCAACUGCACAGAAAUACUCCUGGACGACUUCAUGUUGACACACCCAAUCUUCCUGGCAUCUGACAAGUUUCAGCAGGUCCUGCUUCAGCAGUUUGGAGCUGAACCCAAGCAGGGCGAGGGCUGGCCCACCUGGGAUGGAGCGGAGAGGAAGCAGGCUGUGCUGAGUGUGGCCUUCCGCUACCUGGACACAUACAGGGAACUGUUACAGGAGGAGGGGGACAGGUCCAACAGUUUCCCUAAGGACUUGUACCUCUGUGCCGUGCAAGAACUCAGCCGCUUCCCCGAGCUGGUGGAGGACGUUCUAAAGCUCCAGCGCUGGACUGAGAUCCUUCACAACCCGGCAGAGGAGGACAAGGAGAGUCGGAAGAAGCAGGUGCGUCCACUCUUUCGCCACUUCAGACGCAUCGACGCCUGCCUCCAGCCGCGAGAGGCUUUCCGUGGCUCAGACGAAAUUUUUUGUAGGGUGUACACACCCGACCACUCGUACGUGACCAUCCGCAGCCGUCUGUCCUGCCGCGUUGGAGAGAUUUUGGCUCUGGUGCGAGAAAAGCUCCAGUACAGUGAGGAGCAACCGACUCAACCAGGCAACCUCAUACUGGUGGCUGUCACCUCAUCUGGAGAGAAAGCUGUGUUCCGUCCCAGUGACGAGGCUGUCUUCACCACUCUGGGCGUCAACACGCACCUUUUCGCUUGCGAACCCUCUGAGCUCGAGGGCCUGAUGCCCCUGCCUGAGGAGAUCCACUGGUCCCCGGGUGACAGUAAACUCCAUGACAUGAGUGCAGAGGAAGUGGCCAACCAGCUGGUGGUGUUUGAUUGGGAGCUCUUCAGCUGUGUGCACGAGGUGGAGUUUGUGUGUUAUGUGUUCCAUGGAGAGGAGGCUCGAUGGCGCCCCCUCAACCUCGAGCUGGUGCUGCAGCGAUGCAGCGAGGUGCAACACUGGGUCGCUACUGAGAUUCUGCAGUGCCAGUCACUGCCUAAGAGGGUGCAGCUGUUGCGAAAGUUCAUCAAGAUCGCAGCUCUGUGCAAGCAGCAGCAGGACCUGCUGUCGUUCCUCGCUGUAGUUUUGGGGCUGGACAACCCUGCAGUUAGCCGUCUGCGCCUUACCUGGGAGGGCUUGCCCGGAAAGUUCAGGAAGCAGUUCCAGCAGUUUGAGAGCAUUGCGGAUCCCUCCAGGAACCACAAGUCAUACAGGGACCUCUUAGCCAGUCUGAGGGCUCCACUCAUCCCCUUCACCCCACUACUGCUCAAAGAUCUGACUUUCCUUCAUGAGAGCUGUAAAACCUUCCAUGGGGAAUUGGUUAAUUUUGAGAAGAUGCAUAAAGUUGCAGAAAUGGUGAGGAGCAUCAGGCGGUACAGGAGUACUCAGCUAGUGAUGGAAGCCGAGCCGUCUCCCUCCCACCUCCAGACCAAGGCGUACGUGCGCCAGUUGCAGGUCAUCGACAAUCAGAACCUGCUUUUCGAAAUGUCCUGCAAGCUCGAGCCCAAAGAUAUGUAACAGGGCUAAUCAUCUCCCAUCCUGCCAUUCAGACCCCUCCCUCCUCAUAACAAACCUUUCUGCUUCUCCAUCACAGCUGGACUGCUGGAAGAGUAGUGAAAUCGGUCAGGAUAUACAGGAGGAACUCCUGCUUCUCGAGUCUGUACUUUGGGACAGAGUUAAAUGUUAUACAGCACGCUUAUUCACACGUCUGCAACAUUUCAGUGUUUAUUUCACUCAGUGAAGACCUUCGAUCAGUUCCACAGAGGCUUUUCUCAGAUUUUUUUCUAUAUAUUACUUAGUUUUUUCUUUGGUUUUCACUAUUGUUUGUGAGAUCUGUCCAGUUUGCACUGCCAUCAGUGGAACUGAAGCGAAUGUGAUGGGAUCACACUACAUUUCUUCUGGAUGCUUAUGGACCUGACUUCACCUCUUUUACCUCACACAAAAAACCCCCCAACUAAAACAUGAGACAAUCUGACCUCGUGGACUUUAAUAUGUCUCUACUUUUUCCUCCCUUCCCUCCUACGCAAGCCAACAAAGGCACUUGGCACUUACUGUAACCCCGCAGCCCUCAGCUCUGUGUUAAACACACACCCUCCCUACCACGAGUCGCCAACCCAAGACCAGCUCCUUCAUGCAGCAUUAUCAGUUAAGGCCUCAGCAUGUUUAAUGCGAAGACGACGUCGACCAGGGUUGAAUGAAGUUGAAACCGUCUCUCUGUGGUUUCUUAUUGGUUGUUGUGUACGAAUGCUCCAGUCGCAGGCUUUGCUGCGUAGCAUGUUCGCCCAGUUGUCGUGUGUGUGACAUGGCGAGCAUCUCUGCACGAACAAGUCCAUUUGCUCUGCAGUUAGGUCAUGUUGUUCAGGGAAGAUGUCCAAACAGCGUCUCCAUAUGAAGUAUGCUGAGGCCUUUAGCCACCUUGAGUGUUUGUCACAGAAAUUACAAACUCUUAGUUAAUCUGCAAGUUUUCAGUAUAUUUGUAUUUAUGUAUCUCAGUUUUCUUAGAUUCUCUUAGAAUUCAAACCAAACUCACUCCUAAUAAAGACAGUAAUUGAUAGCUUGAUUAACUGCUAAUGAAUUAAGCUCUUACCUGAUUCUUCUUUUGGACUUCACAUCCUGUAUGUGGUAUUCAAUGCCAUGGCCAUUAAACUGCUCUCAAACACAGUUCAUCAUCUCUUGCCUAACCCUAAACGGAGCCAUCAUAAGCUAUAAAGCAACCCUGCUCUCAGACGGGCCGCAGGGAAAACGUCUAACCGCUGCUGGCUGCUUUAACUCGUCUCGGAUGCGACUCUCUCAGGAUUUUCUUCCUGCUGAGAACCUUUUGCAGAGGCCUGUCUGAAAAGCCUCCGUGUACAUAUGUUCAUGUAAAUAGCUAAAUAAAUAUGAAGACUCUAUUUUAUGUAUGAGAAAUAAGAUGGACAUUCAAUGAGAAUAUUUGUUUUGUAUAUCCGAGGGGGUAAAAACGUAUGUGUACAUUUUAAAAACAGAUUGAGAGUCUAAUGUUCAUGAUGAAAGAACUGUACAGCAUAUCUUCUUCUUGGUUUUGUUGCAUUGCAGUUUUUAUUUGGUUCCUAGCUGUAGUAGAUGAUGUGUAUAUAUAUAUAUAUUAUGGUUUUGUUGAUUAUCUUUGGUUGUAUUUUUUUUUUUUUUGGUUUGUUUUCUAUUUUGCGAUUUACUGGAAUUGUACAGCAUGUGUUCGCUUCAGUUGGAUUUUAUUGUUUUGUUUUGGUUUUUUUUUUUAAAGCGGGUAAUCUACAAUCUCUGGGUGUUGUUUUUUUGGUUUUUGUACAGAAGUCCGUGUUUACAGUGCCCUCCUCUGAAACUCAGACGUGUCCAGUGAGGCGAGAGGAAGGCGGGUCAGGAGGAGGCGCUGCUCCGCCUCCAUCUCCGAAAAAAAAAAAAAUAAAAAAUUAUCCCAACAAAUCUUAAAUAAAGCCUCUUCUGAUGA